UGUAUUGAACACAAUAGGAGUGCAUAUAUUUGACGCCAUUUUCCCUUUAAAACAAUAUUCACUUUCUUUUGACUCAACAAAAAGACAAUUCAUUUGAUUGAUAAUCAACUCAAAGACACGAUACCAUCGGAUCCAGUCAUGACAGACUCACAGUACGGCUACUCCUCUGGCAAUAGUUCAGUGACCGGCACCGGUUACGGCGGCACUCAAUACGGCUCAUACGGCGGCGACUCGUACUCAUCGUAUUCGUCGGCCGGCUCUGCGGCUCCCGCUUAUGGCGGCAACACUUCGGCCCCCAAUCCAUACGGACAACAGUCCGGCGGCUAUCAAUCCAGUACUCCUAGUGAUCAGUACUCCUAUUCAACUCAACCUAACCUUUACUUGCUCAGAGUUACAGGUGCUCAGAGUCACUGGUCGAGUGAACCGCCUAUCACUACACUGAAGUGUACAGUGUAUGGAUCGAGGCUCAGGUAUCCGUCAUCCGACGGCCAAUCCGGAGGUCAAUCUGGUUAUGGUUAUAGUACUGGUGGGUCGAGUGGCGCUCCCGGCGCCGGUGGUGCCAACACCGGUAGUUCUGGUUAUGGCUCGUCGAGCGGCGGCUACGGCGGCGCCAACUCGUACUUUACGUCCGGCGGCAGCACUGGUGGACAGUCGGGCGGUGGACAGUCUGGUGGCGGUCAAUACGGACAGUACUCAAGUCCUAGCAACCAAUACGGCGGCGGCGGUGGUGGCGGCCAAUCGAGCUCUCCGAUGGGCGGAGGUUUUAACCCGUUAUCAGGCGGUGGCGGCGGAAUGUCUAGCGGUCCGCCAUCGGGUCCCUACGGCUCGAGCGGACCCGGAAACUCGCAUUACGGCGGAAGCGGUGGCGGGGGCUCAAUGGGCGGCGGACACGGAGGCUCCGGAUUUCACGACAGUAUGGGUAACGGCAACUCAUUUCGUGGACCACCUAAUAGUGGAUUCAGGUAUGCACUCGUCUUUUCGCCAUUAAAUCCAUUAUAAAUUCGGUUCUAUUAUUGAAAUCAAUGAUAAGUUUAUAUUUGUUUUUUAUAAAAGUUUUAAGGUUUCAACAGAUUUGUAAUAAGUGUUAAUUAGUCGGUAAAUAAUUAGUAAUCAAAUUAUUUGAUUUUUAUAUUGAGUGUUAGUUUGAGUUUCAUAAAGUAUC